AAGGCAUAUUUUCGCGAGAUCUCAUCUUAAGACUUGUCUUUAAGCGCCUUAAAGAACUACGUCAUUAAUUUUCCAAACGCAAAAAUGUACGUCUUUUAAGCGUGACGUUUUUCUCAAAGGAUUGACGUUGAAUCUGUGGUUGGAUGUUAGGUUAGGGAGUUAUUGUUGUUGGUCUGUGGAGUUAUUCUUGAGCUUGAGCGUGGCUUUGAGUUUAUUUCGUGGUUUAUUUUGUGGAAAAUAUUUUUGAAAAGUAGGUACUAUUCUUAAAGAAAAUUAUUAAUUAUUACCUUUUCCGAAAUGGGUCCAGUAAAAACGAAAAUUUUGAUAAACGAUUUUUCAAAUGAUAUGUUGGCUAUGCUAUUAUGUUUAUUUCUAAGAAGGAGGCCUACAUUAUUUAGUGCCUUUAUGUAUAUUUUGUGUUUUGAAAGAAACAACCACAUACGAUCCAUAUAUAGUGAAAAUUGGAUUUUCCGAUACAAAAAUGCAGACUUUUAUAUGCAUUUUCGCUUGACAAGAGAUACCUUCCACAAGCUAGUGGGUGUGGUGCAAUGCCCUGAAUUUAGUAAAGCUUAUCAAGGAGGUGGGGUACCUUUGAAUUGUGAAAAAGUGCUUCUUAUGACACUAUGGUUGUUAGGAAAAGGAGACUCCUUAGUCUCUAUUGGAGACAGAUUUGAUGUUGCAACGUCAACAGUUCAUUAUUAUGUUAAUAUAAUGAUAGGAAGACUGGUAGAAUUGGUACCUAAGUAUAUACAGUGGCCGAAUGCCCAAGAAAUUGUAACAAUUGAGAGACAAUUUUAUGAAAUAUGUGGCUAUCCGGGUGUUAUUGGUGCUAUUGACGGAUGUUGUGUAAAUUUUAAGGCACCACUGAAUCAACAGGACAGCUAUAUCGAUAAAAAUGACAAACAUAGCAUCAAGAUUCAAGCUGUAUCAACAGCAACAAGGAUAUUUACCAAUAUAAAUGUUGGAUUUCCUGGCUCUGUUCACGACAGUAGAAUAUUGCAUAACAGUCAACUAUAUAGAGAUACAGGACUAAAUUUGUUAAAGUAUUUUCCAAGUGAACAAUAUCAUCUAUUAGGCGAUAAGGCAUACCCUAUAUUGGAGUGGUUAAUAACACCAUUUAAGGAUUAUGGCAAUUUAACAAGAAGACAAAAGAUUCACAAUUAUAAACACAGUAAAACGAGAAUUCGUGUGGAGCAUACAUUUGGUAUAUGGAAGUCUAGAUGGCGAAUUUUAAGGUACAUCAAUGUAAACUGCCCAAAAAAGGCUGCUAAAAUAAUCGCUGCUUGCUGCGUGCUUCAUAAUUUCUGUUACCAAAAUUAUGAUGAAUGGAAUGAUGAAAUAAGUGAUGUCCUUGAAGACGGCAAUGAUAAUGUUGAAGCAUUACAUAUUAAUAAUGAAAAUAUUGGUAUUCGCAAAAGAGAAAAUAUUGCUAACUCCUUUAUAUAAAUUUUAGUAAAUCAAUAUAAAUGUUAAUAUACACAUUAUGUAGUUUGAGAAAUGAUGAAAUUAAAAAUAAAGAAAAA